AUGAAAUCAUCACUUAUCAUUUUGCUCGUUGCACUUGCCACAAUAAACGGACUACCAUUUCCUGAUUUGCCAUCACACUUUCCGGAAUUCGAAAUUUCUGAUUAUCCAAGCCAAAUUCCAGGACUACAGAUUCCAUCAGGUAUUCCAACGGGGGAAAACCAUAAUGAAGCUGCCGAUUCUGAAGAUAGCGAAGAAAACUCACAAUCAAAUGGUAAUAGCAAAGUGAACUUGAAUAUUCAUAUGAAUGGUGGAAGUGGAAGCCGCGCUGGAGAGGGGUAUUUUUGAAAUGCUUGAACUAAACAUGUUGUUUUAUGGCUAUUGUCUCAGAUCAUCCAACUCAGUCGUUGUCAAUUUCAACUUCAAUGAGAACAAACAAGAAAAGGAAGAAUCAACUGAAAUAGUAGAACCAGAGUUUACUGCAUUAACCGGAUCACCCGUUUUUUCUGCAAAUAUACCAUCUCUACCCGGAAUACCUGCACUAGGAGGAUAUGAACAUUAUCCUUUGCAAUGA